GGGGGCACGAGCGCGGCCGCCCCCCCCCCCGUCUCUCCCGCGGGUCACGACCCCGCCCGGGCACGCGGCCGCCGCCCAGCGCGCAUGCGCCUGCCCAGGGGGCUCGGACUGCGGCCCCCCCCGCGUGCCGCGCAUGCGCCGUCGCGGGGGGGCAGGCGCGUUUCUCCCUCCCCCUUGCAAGAACUCCGUGUACCCGAGUGCGUGCAAACGGGGUGUGCUCGUGCAAGGUGCUCUCGCAGCCCGUGGACAUGCAAAGUGCUCGUGCAAGGCUCCAGGAGCGUCUGCAGUGCGACCCGUGGCCUUCCUCCAGCCAGGGGGACCAGGCUCGGGCUGACCCGUCCGUCUGCUGGGUGCAGCCCCGUUGCCUUCCCCUGUAGCUUUGCAGCCCUUCGCCCCGCGGGGGGAGGACAGCUUUAGAGCGUCACGCACGACCCCGGGCCCCCAGACCCCAGCAAGAUGUCGGCGAAGUGGAGGGUACUGGACAAGACCAGCCAAAAAUGAUUAACUGACACAGUCUUUCUAAUCGUAAAAUUCUUUCCUGGGAGAGAAUUAAGGCUAAAGAAUUGUUACAGUCCAUUUGUUGAGGACAAACAGACGAGAUGGCUCAGGCAAGUCUCCUAGCCUGCGAGGGGCUGUCUGGUGUGUGCCUUGUGCCAACUGUUGCUAGCAAGAAGAUGAUGCCAAAACAGAGCUCGAAACAGGCUGAGAAUGGCGAGCGUGGGAGCAGUCCGGACAUGCUGGGUCUGCGUGCAGAGAGCGAGAAGCCCCGGAGCCGGAAGGAGGAGGAGGCAGCGGAAGCAUCGCAGCCAAAGAAGUCCCUCAAAAAGGUGGUGGUGAUCGAGCAGAAUGGCUCUUUCCAGCUGCGCAUCCCCAAGAACUUCAUCUGCGAGCACUGCUAUGGAGCCUUUCGGAGCAGCUACCACCUCAAGAGACACAUCCUCAUCCACACGGGCGAGAAGCCGUUUGAGUGUGACGUGUGCGACAUGCGCUUCAUCCAGAAGUACCACCUGGAGCGUCACAAGCGCGUGCACAGCGGGGAGAAGCCCUACCAGUGCGAGCGCUGCUUGCAGAGCUUCUCCAGGACAGACCGGCUGCUGAGACACAAACGGAUGUGCCAGGGUUGCCCAACCAAGACCCCCGACUCACAGCUGCUGCUCUAGGGCCUGAGCCGCCGCGGGACAAGCCGGGAAGCCGACCCCUUGGCGCCUUCCUACUCCGGGUUUUGCCUGGCCAGCCCCCUGGCCAGGGGGGCAGGGAAGGGGGCCGAGCCAGGACUGUCCCAGACUUUCAGUCGAGGUCCUGACACUGUACAUACGCUGAAGAUGAUUUGGAAUCCUUUUCUCUCCCUCCUUCCCCCACCAGCAGAAGCCCCUGGCAGCUGUGUAUAAACCUUCUAGAUUCCUUCCUACGCCCCCACCCCCCCAUCCCCCUUGGUUUUGAAGUCCCGCAAUGGGUCUCUCAGGAAAGGCUUUGGAGGACUGCUAGGCUUCAGCAGAGGAAGCUGGCUCCGCUGGCCUCGGACUAACCGCCUGGCCUGCGUGGAUGCCGGCUCACAGGUAUGGAGGCGAGCAGGGGCGGGACUUAAAUUUUCCUCUUUAUUUAGUUUUGCUGUGAGUGAGGGGGACGUCGGCUUUGCGAGGGAGCCGCUGGGGCUUCACAGUGCAAGUCAAGCAUCUGGGAGCAGGGCCUGCAGGACUGGUAUCGCGUCUGCUUUUGGGGCCUGUGCAUUUUUGCCUUCCGGUGCCAGGCCAGGAGAAGUAGAGGAGGGAUUGCUGGGGGCGUUCAGCUGGAGCAGUGGGUCCGUGCGGGCAGGGAGUGUUGCUUUGGUGUUAGGUGUUGAACUAGUUCCGUCUGACGGGGAGAUGGGGCAAGAGGAGCUUUGCUGAUGUGAGGCAGUGUGGAGUAGGUAAUCUAGCCACAUAGCCAGGGAGAGACUGUUGUGAGAAGUGGGUGGCAAAGCCUCUUGCUCUGACCCACUGGCCUGGCAGCUCCGAGAAUAAAGCACCCGCUUUUCUCUGGGUGGGUGCAGCUGCAUCCCCCACCCUCCCUGGCAUCUUGCUCUGUGCACCGCCCUGCCCUGCAGCUCCUGACCUUGCCCUGUGUUGGUGUUCGUGACAGCAGGGCUUGGUGCUGAAACUGUGGCCCAGUAAUGUUUGUGCGCUGCAGUCCAGGAUCUCGCCCUGCUUCCCUGCCCCCCUCCAAGCAGCCACCAUGGGUCAGGUGACAUGGGCAAGGGGGGACAGUGGCAUCAGAGACAAGCCCUCCUCCCCAGGAAUGAAUCCUGGUUCUUCGCGCGUCCCUGGUUCUGAUGCUUCCUCCCGGAAACCUGUCCUUUCUGCGCCAUCUCCUGCUGCAGCCUUCACACCUGCUUGAGUGCUGCCUGCAUUUCUUUACGUCCCUCUUGCAGUGGCAGGGAAAUGCACCAAACCUCUUGCUGCUGCCCAGUGGUGGCCUCAGCUCUCCACCCUUCUCAUCAGUCUCGUUCCCAAUGAUCACAGGAAGCCAGCUCGCCCGUGUUAUCUCGGCUACACCCUUUUUGUACUCAGUCCACGUAUCAGCAAGGUGACCAGGGAGCUCCAAACCGUUCUCCUGCCUCCCUGGCUUUGCCCAUGGCCUCACCCUCUCUGGCAUAGCCAGCACAUCACUGGAAGAGACGCAGCUGUCACAGUCGCUGGCCUGCCCUCGAGUUUUCAUUCAUCUCGGUGGAUUGUGAUGGGCCAUGCUGAGCUGGCAUCUGGGGUCUGGAGGCCCCUGCAAGUACAUCGCAGCCCUGGGGAGCAGCCAGAAUCACUGAGGGGCCAACACUGAGAUGGCAGAUGUGUCGGUCGGGGGACUUGAGUCCCUGCCAGCAGCAGCUUUCUGCUUGGUGAAAGUGAAAGGUGCCUGAACUCUGCCAGGCUCAAAAUAGCAGGGGCCAGCUUCCUGCCCCCGGCCGCAGCCUUGAUACACUGGGACCCAAAACAGCCCAAGCAGCCUCCGUCGGCAACCUGGGCUGAAUGGAUGGGGUGAUCCCUGCGCCUUCCCGGGGGUUGCCAGCAGCAGCCCGGACCCAGGUCUACUGCCCCCCUGGGGGCUGAGCCUGCACUUGACCCCAUGAAGAGGUCAUUUCGGAGCAUGCCCAACAUGCAAGUCUCUGCAGCAGCUACAUUGAAUCACAGCUUCUCAGCACCUUCUGGCAUCGGCCAAGCGUCCCACUGCACCCAGAGGCCUGCUGGGCUGUGGCAUCGUCCCCCCUGGGCAGCAAUGUAAGCUCUGAGGCUGCAGCCUUGCAACAUCGGACCAAGCCCAGCGCCUGUGGAUGCCCAGCACUGAGUGAUGGGAUAGGAGGAUGACUGCAUUGCGCAUGGAGCAAAGGGAAGUUAGUGCAGCACUUCCACUACAGCUGGUGGCCCUGCUUGCUGCUUCUGCAUGCCCUGGGUCACCCAGCCAGGGCAAAACCUGAGAAGACAAGGGGCUGCUUAUCUAUCAAGGAGGCUCUAAGGGAGCCAGGAGCCCUCUGGGCUUCCUCUUCUGCCCUCACCUUACUCGGGUGGGAAGUAGAAAUUGGCCGCCUUCCCCCCCCCGGCUCUGAGCAGGGCUGAAAGCAGCGGCGAGGCUCAUCUUUUCCUGCUCCCCCCACGCCUUAUGCCUAAGCAGCCGCACAGCACCGAGGCCAGCGCCUACCCCCGCCCUUACCCUCACUGCAGAGAGGAGCCGGCGAAGGAACCGCAGCAGCUGCGGCUUCUCUUAGCACUAGCUCCUCACCCGCUGCAUCUCUCUCGCUUCUGCAGGAUUGCAAAGGGGGGAGGGGGUGUGUGCUGAUGGCAUUGCUGAGCAUAAAGGAGGCUGGUUUGCUUGUGGGGGCUGCUGGGAUUCCUGGCUCUCAGCCUCUGGCCCUAGUGGGUGUGGGACAUUAGUCUCUCUCCCCCCGCCUUGCAGCUUGUCUACCGUUUUGUGCCUAUGAGCAAGAGCUAAAGCUGCAGCCUGUCCCCAUUAAUGUGCUUGGUGCUGGGACAGAGGUGGGGGUAUGGUGGGCUGGGAGCCAGGAGGACUGAGGCACUCGUGUCCCAGCUUUGAUUUCUGCUCUGCCUGCAUCCGCUGGGGCUGAUUGUGCCGGAGCCACCGCCUGCAGACAGGCAUUGGAGCGUAGCGUAGAAACGAGGAGGGCCGAAUCGUGUCUAGCAGGGCUGGUGAUAGGCUGUAGGAGCGUCUCUCGGGCUCAGUUGCAAUGUGGCAGCUCCCGUCCCUGCCGUGAGGACCCACCGCUGAGCCCCUGGAGGAGGGCGUAGGCCAACGGUCUGGUCAGUUCAGCCAGGUACUAACGGCGGGGAUGGGUGAAACUUCAGGCUGGGGAGGGUUCGUGGUCAGAGCCAGCCGUUGCAGAGCUGCUGGCGGGAAUGUCCCUGUUCAAGUGCACGGGAAGCAAUCGGUGCCGCAGGAGGGGCUGGGGGAGGCAGGAGUAACGGGUGUGAGACUGCAGUGCUAAGUGUGCUCGCCCUGGGGGCCUUUGCUCAUCCGUGCCCUGUCUAAACUCAGCCCCCACCUCUCAUCACUUCUGCGGCGGGAGGACUGCUGGCAGGCAGCCUGGGCCCUCUGCAUCUCGGGUUAUUUCCCCCUAAACGUCGCAGAAGCAUUUCUUCCCCCUCCCCCAGGCAGAGGGGCUCAGGGUUCCCCAGAAAGCCUGUGCCCCGCAGCCCCCCUGCCUCAGGGAAACGGGGUAAACUCAUUGCAUGUAUGAAAUGGGUGAACAUCCGCAUUUGGAGCCGGCUCCUUGCUCUCUUGGAAGCGGCCUCUUGCAGCACUUAAUUGCCCCCCUCUCCCCCGGGGGCUCGGGGGCACUGUUGAUGCGUAUGACGGCUCUCUAGGUUUCCCCUCAAAGCUGUGGCGUGGGAAAGAUGGGGGCAGUGACCGCAACAAGUGAUGAAAAGGAAAUAUGACACAAACUGAAAGCACUGUUGUCUGAGCCGUGGCAGGCGAAAGGGCGCACCGGCGGCCGUGGCACGACAGGAGCAGCCACAGGCCGGAGCUACGGCCUGGUUCCACCAUGGGGCCAAGCCCAGUGCUGCCUUCCCAGGGUAGCUCAGAGUUGCAGGGCGUCUAGUCUCGGGCAGGGCCCAGUUGCAGGCAUGAGGCAUCCCUGCGCUGUGGGUACCCGCUACCCCGAACUCAUCCUCCCUAGCUCCUGCGCUAGGCUGGAUGCGUGGUGCUGCAGAUCGGGGGCUCAGGGCAGCCUCCCCUUCCUUGCGCACAGCUUAUUUUUGCUGCACCCCUCGGCUGGGGAAGGCAGCUGACUUCCGCCCUUGGGGUGGGUGGGUGGGGGGGGGACCCCGGGGCCUGCUCUCUACCCCAGCUGCUCCUGGUGCAGCCAGCCAGCCCAGUUUCCUCCCCAGCUUGCCUCAUUCAGAAGCCCCCUGGGCUCACCGCACCUGGGAGCAUCUCUGCGCUGGCGGGGGCAGGAAACUGCUCGCAGCUCAUGGUUCAUCUGUCCACGGAGGAGUGAAGCUGGGUCCCUCGGCCACAUGGCGACGUGACCCUGGCUCCAACAAGGCACGGCAUACGCCAUCCCACCUCGGUUGGGACGGACAGACCAAGAGCUCGCAGCCUUCGCCGAGUCCCGUCGCUUGUUCUAAUUUUUUUUUUUUUUUAAAUAUACUUAUUUUGCUAUGGGGCGGGAGGGGGCGGGGAAGCGUGUUACUGAUCAGAUAAGCCGGGGUCACUUUUAAACUGUAGUUUUUCUAAGCUGUUGGAAUCGUGUCUCUUUUUACCGCGCCCAGCGGCCCUCCCUGCCUGAGACACUGAGGGUAUUUAAAUAAAACUCGUGGGGUUUUUUUUUCCUUUUCUAAA